UGAAAGACAGAAACCACAGCAAGGAAUGGCCUCUGCUAAAAAAUCCUGUACUGAAGAUAACCUUUUAUGUUCCAUCUGUCUGGAUGUGUUCAGAAACCCAGUUUCUACACGAUGUGGACACAACUUCUGCAGAACCUGUAUUACAAAGUUCUGGGAUAAAAAACAAAACUACAAUUGUCCUAUUUGCAACCAUCUGUUCCAAACUAGACCUUAUCUACAGGUCAAUACCCUUUUAUCAGAGAUGGCCGCUCAGUGUAGAACAUCCGUACCAGUAAAAGUGCAGCCAUGUGUUGAACCAGCAGAAGUUCCCUGUGACGUCUGUACUGGGACCCAGCUGAAGGCCGUGAAGUCCUGCCUAGUGUGUCUUAUCUCUUACUGCCAAACCCACCUGGAGCCACAUCAGAGAGUCGCAGGCCUGAAGAAACAUCGGCUGGUCGAGCCUAUGGACCGUCUGGAAGAAAUAAUGUGCAAGAAACACAAUCAACUACUGGAGCUCUAUUGCUUGAUUGACCAGGUUUGUGUGUGUCAGAUCUGCACAGAGACAGACCACAGGUUCCAUCAUGCUGUACCUCUAAAGGAGGAAUAUGAAGUGAAGCUGGCCCAGCUGGGGAAGAUGGAGGCUGAAGUUCAGCAGAUGAUCCAUGAGAGAAAACAAAAGAUUAAGGAGAUUAAAGACACAGUCAAACGCAGCAAAGCAGACGCAGCAAGAGAGAUAGCGGGAAGUGUGCAGGUCCUCACUGCUCUGAUGCACCAAAUUGAAAAGUGCCAGGAGGAUCUCAACCAAAUGGUUAAAGAGAGACUGAAAGACACAGAGAAACAAGCUGAAGACCUCAUCAAAGAGCUUGAGCAGGAAAUAGAAGAUCUGACCAAUAAAAGCUCAAAAGUGAAGCCGCUCUCACACAUUGAAGACCACUUCCACUUCCUCCAGGCCUUCAGAUCCCUGACGGAUCCUCCACCCACCAGGGACUGGAUGACAGUGGAGGUCCGUCCUCCGUCACACGUAGGGACCUUGAGGAGAUCCCUGGAUCAGCUGGAGGAGACACUGAGCAUGGAGAUGAAGAAGCUGCCUGAUGGUGAACUGAAGAGUGUCCAGCAGUAUGAAGUAGAUGUUACUCUGGAUCCUGAUACAGCUCAUCCCAGGCUCAUCCUGUCUAAAGAUGGGAAACUAGUACGUGAUGGAGUUGUAGAGAAGGAAGUCCCAGACAACCCCAGACAAAGAUUUACAAAGUAUAUACAUGUUCUCACGAGGCAGAGCUUCUCCUCAGGGAGAUUUUACUUUGAGGUCCAGAGUAAAGACAAGACUGCAUGGUAUAUAGGAGUGGCCAGAGAGUCCAUCGACAGAAAAGGUGAGAGCUUAAUGACCCCUGAGACGGGUUACUGGUCUCUUUUCUUGGAUGGAGGGAAGAAGGGUUUGGUAUUUACUGAUUUCCCGCCAGUCCGUGUCCCUCUGAGAGCUGAGCUCCAGAAGGUGGGGGUGUUUGUUGAUUAUGAUGAGGGUCUGGUCUCCUUCUAUGAUGUGGAAGCCAGGGUUCAUCUCUACUCUGCUACUGGCUGCACCUUUAGUGAGCCUCUCUAUCCAUUCCUUUGUCCAUGUAACUAUGAUUAUGAAGGUACAAACUCUGCCCCCCUGAUCAUCUCACCUGUCAAUCAAACAGACUAGGACCUUUGUUUGGAUAAUAAAAUAAAAACAACCCAAACAACUGAUUAUGUUUCUUGAAUUAGAAUCUAUACUAUGUGAGAUCUGAGAGCUCUGCAUUCAUGUUGUACUGCUGGCAUUUAACAACGAGAGAUUCAGAAGGAAGUGAACCCUGAAUAUUAAA